AUGGCCUAUCGCGUCCAAUUUGAGGGAAACAACGAGGUGGGCGUCUUCUCAAAGCUGACCAACGCCUACUGCCUGGUGGCCAUCGGCGGCUCGGAGAACUUCUACUCGGUCUUCGAGAGCGAGCUGAGCGAGAUCAUCCCCGUGGUGCACACCUCCAUCGCCGGCCUGCGCAUCAUCGGCCGGAUGACGGUGGCCAACAGACAUGGCCUCCUGGUGCCCUCCACCACCACCGACCAGGAGCUGCAGCACCUGCGAAACUCGCUGCCCGACGCGGUGCAGGUUCGGCGCGUGGAGGAGCGCCUCAGUGCGCUGGGCAAUGUGAUUGCCUGCAACGACUACGUCGCCCUGGUCCAUCCUGAUCUGGACCGCGAGACGGAGGAGAUCCUCGCCGACACGCUGAAGGUGGAGGUCUUCCGGCAGUCGAUUGCCAAUCAGGUGCUCGCCGGCACCUACUGUCAGAUUUCCAAUCAAGGCGGCCUUCUGCACCCACGCAUCAACGUGGAGGCGCAGGACGAGCUCAGCUCCCUCCUGCAGAUUCCCCUGAUCGCGGGGACGGUGAACCGCGGCAGCGAGCUGAUCGGCUCCGGCCUGGUGGUCAACGACUGGACCUGCUUCUGCGGCUUCGACACCACCUCCACGGAGAUCUCCGUCAUUGAGAAUAUCUUCAAGCUGACGGAGGCGCACGGGCCGAAUAAGAUUCAGUCGGCGAUGCGAAUGUCGCUCAUUGAGAGCAUGACAUAG